AUGGUGCCAAUUCCAGCUGAGUAUAUGCCCGAUUUUUGGGAUCAAAUUUCAACAGAAUGUACCAUUCAGUUAUCCUGUCUUCUCCCUAAUGGAAUAGUGAUUUUGCUCAACGUUAAUUACAAUGCCACACUGGCAGAAAUCAAGGAGGACCUGUGGGAGGAAGCCUCUAAAUUUCCUCUCUAUGGAAAACUCCAUGACAUGUCUGUGUACAUUUUCACCUACAUCAAUUCUAUGGCUGAGAGAGAAAAACUGAAUGAUGAAUCAAGAAGAUUAUGUGACAUUAGGCCUACUGCAGCAGUACUUUUCAUCACUGAAUGUAGAGGAGAGAAAGCUGAUGAUUCUAUCAACAUUUCUAUAGGCCACUUGAUUGGAAAAAGAUUACAAGAAUUUGAUGCUCUAAAUAGCUCAGAGAUCAACGAUUUUCGGUUCAAAAUGAAAAGAAUGGGAGAUGAAUUUGCUCAAGAAAGAUCAAAACAAACAUGGGUUGCCCGUCUGAACUAUCAGUUUCCCCCAAGAAUAUCAAAACAUAGCUUCAUUCUAAAGGAAACUCUAAAUGAACAAAGGAACAUAAAAAUAGCAACAAAGUUUGAUCUGGAAAAUGAUUUUUAUGACAAGAGAAAUGAAAAAGAAGUGAUGCAGAGUUCAUUCACGUUCAAUGUUCCACCUAAUAUCAAGCCUAAAAAAUUGCUGGAGAUGAUUUUGUUGAAAAGGGCUACAAUUAUGAAUAAGAAGAAUGAGAGGGUGAAUGAAUACAUUUUGAAAGUUUGUGGCCAAGAUGAGUUCAUCAUUGGUGACUACCAAAUCAUUGAGUUCCAGUACAUACAAGACUGCAUAUCUAAGGAUGUCAUACCCACAUUUGUUACCUUACAUGUGGACAGAGUACCAGUGUUCCACUCUAAUGACUAUGAAUCAAUUGAUAUCUUUGAGAAUAGAAAGACCCGUACUACUUCCUAUAGUUCCACAAAUACUUUGAGAAAGAAGAAAAACAGUGUUUCUUCUUGGAAUGUAACAGACAAUUUCAGUGUGAAAGUUUGUAUGGUUAGCAAAUUGAAUUGUGAUCCCAAAAAGUUAUCAGAGAUUGGUGUUCAAGCUGGUUUAUUUCAUGGGGGCAAAUCCCUCUGCCAACCGAAAAGAACUCUCGACUGCGCAAUAGACGAUAAAUGCGAAUGCAAAAUCAACGCAGAGCUAGUAUUUGACAUUCAGGUAUGCAACAUACCACGAAACGCGAAACUCUGCUUCGUAGUAUACGAAGUCAACAAGUAUGUCAAGGGAACCAAAACAAAGAAAACUAAAGAUUCCGCCAAGGAGAACAGUAUGUCUCACAAUCCGCUGGCGUGGGCGAAUACUACUGUUUAUGAUUUCAAAAGUCAGCUGAAAAAUGGGGCUAUGUCCCUCUACAUGUGGGCUUACGCCGAAGAUAUGACGUCUGAUGAUGUUCUGCACCCCUUGGGAACGGUAGUUAGUAAUCCAAACACUGAAUAUUCUACCACUCUCACGUUUUUUGUCAAAAGUUUUUUGAAAGAUCAAACUAUAUUAUUCCCAUCUAUAGAGACCAUGAUAAACAUGGCGGAUUUGAAAGAAGAAGAAAAAGAACCUGAUGACAAGACUGAGGAAGAAAUGGCUGCAGAAGUCGCAGCUUGCAAAAAAUCGUUGAAUGACAUAGAUAAUUUGUAUGAAGCCCAUGAACAGGACCGCAGGAAAAUUUGGGCACUGAAAGACUACUGGCGGCAGAAUGAGCCCGAAGUUUUGCCUAAAUUGCUUUAUUGCAUCGACUGGGACAAACGAGAAGACGUGAGCCAAGUGGUGGCAAUGUUGAAAAAGUGGCCAAAACUGCCGGUAGAGAAAGCGCUAGAGCUGCUGGAUUAUGCCUAUGCAGAUCAAGAGGUUAGGAAAUUCGCAGUGGAAUCCUUGAUGGAUGUUAGUGACGAAGAUCUUUUAUUGUACUUACUCCAACUGGUACAAGCAAUAAAGCAUGAAUUGUAUCUAGAAUGUGAUUUGGUGAAUUUUUUGAUCAAAAGAGCCUUGAGUAACCAACAAAUUGGUCAUUAUCUCUUCUGGCAUUUGAGAUCGGAGAUGCAAGUCCCCGCUGUCUCCGUCCGCUUCGGGCUGAUCCUCGAAGCCUAUUGCCGGGGCACGCAAGAGCACAUGGCCGUGCUGCAGAAGCAGCUCGAGUGCCUGGAACGGCUGAAGAAGUGCAGCGACCUGGUGCGCCAGCGCAAGGAUAAGGAGAAGGCGAAGACGGCGCUCAAGGAGUAUCUGGGCGAGUCGUCGGCCGAGAUGGCGGUCAAUCAUACGCGGAGCCCCCUCAAUCCCAGCUACAGGUGUACGAGGAUAAGGUUAGAAAAAUGUAGAGUGAUGGACAGCAAAAUGCGACCGCUCUGGAUAGUCUUCGAAAACUCCGACGUAUACGGAGACGAAGUGUACAUAAUUUUCAAAAAUGGCGACGAUUUGCGACAGGACAUGCUGACUCUGCAGAUGAUCAAACUGAUGGAUAGGUUAUGGAAACGAGAAGGCUUAGAUUUAAGGAUGAAUCCUUAUGGUUGCAUAUCAUUAGAACAUCGUGUUGGAAUGAUUGAAGUCGUUCUGAACGCUGAUACUAUAGCAAAUAUCCAAAAAGAAAAGGGAAUGUUCACUGCCACUGCUGCAUUCAGCAAAGGACCUAUUCUAGCUUGGUUAAAAGACUACAAUACCUCAGAAUCUGCACUGAAUAAAGCAGUGAACGAGUUCACUUUAUCUUGUGCAGGAUAUUGUGUAGCGACAUACGUUCUGGGCAUCGCCGAUAGACAUUCCGACAACAUUAUGGUGAAGCAAAAUGGACAGCUUUUCCAUGUUGAUUUUGGUCACAUUUUGGGUCAUUUCAAAGAGAAAUUUGGGUUCAAGAGAGAAAGGGUGCCUUUCGUGUUGACGCACGAUUUUGUUUACGUCAUAAACAAAGGGCAAAAUUCCAAGGCACUGGAAUUCAAGAUUUUCCAAGAAUACUGUGAAAAAGCAUUUAUGAUAUUGAGGAAACACGGAAAUUUGUUCAUAUCACUGUUUGCCAUGAUGAUAUCCACUGGUCUACCUGAGUUGAGCUCUGAAAAAGACCUCAAUUAUUUGAGAGAUACGUUAGUAUUGAAUAAAACGGAUGAAGAAGCGUUAUUGCAUUUUAGGUCAAAAUUCGAUGAAGCUCUUUCAAACUCCUGGAAAACUUCUGUAAAUUGGGCCACCCACAAUAUAGCGAAAAAUAAUAAAGCAUAG